GUCAUCCAGUGUCAUUAAUGUCAUUCUUUCUAGUCUCAAAUUGGAAUUUAUUGGAUUUUCAAGACAUUUUAAUUCCUAAUUUGUUGCACAAAAGCUACAUAAAUAUUAAACUUGUAAAAUGUCUCAAGUCAAAACGAACAAAAAGUUCAAGUGGGCUUUGGAUUACAAUCAGAAAAAUAAAGCUAUCUCCGGGGAUUUGCCGUCUCCGCCAGGAUACAGCCAAUCAGCCAGUGCAAACUAUGCCGAGACAUCCAAAGAUACGGAUUCUAACCAUCUUUUGAUCAAGAAAUUGUGGGAUGUAGCACUGGGACCACUAAAACAGGUGCCUAUGAAUCUAUUCAUUAUGUACAUGGCUGGAAAUUCCAUCUCCAUUUUUCCUAUAAUGAUGGUGGGAAUGUUGAUUGUGCGACCUGUGAAAGCAUUAUUUACAACUCAAAGUACAUUCAAAAUUGUAGAGGGCACACAAGCUGCUGGUCAAAAGUUUGUAUACUUUAUCGGUAACAUUGUGAAUAUAUUGUUGGCUUUGUACAAAUGUCAGAGUAUGGGCUUAUUACCUACACAUUCCAGUGAUUGGCUUGCAUUCGAAGAGCCCCUGACUCGAGUGGAACAUAUUGGGGGUGGCCUAUCUUUAUUGUAAUAGAAUAAUUUAAACACAUGUAUCUGUUUUUAAUGCUAAUUUAUUUAGAUUAUCAUUGUAUAAGAACUAAUAAACAUAUUUACAAAAUCA